AUGUCGUUCGUUCAGCCAAUGUCCGACCAGGUGGAGUUCUACGAUACAGUUGAAGCUCGUUCAUAUGGAUCGUUGGGGAAUGAUGACGAAAUUACGGAAAGCAUGUGUGACGAAUUCUUCCGAUCCCGUCUUGGAAAUCCGCCAACAACGUCACUGCAAGAUGCCAUAGUAGUCUCCCAUACAAGAACUGAGGACGGACAUCAAGAAGCUACUAUCCAAGCAUCCAAUGGCGAAGCUGUACUUGAGCCACCAAUAGUAGUUCCACGCGUGACAGAAUCCGUUACGCAGUCGGUGACUGUGCCUAGCCAAGAUGAAAACAGACCAGUGACAGUCGCUACGAAAGAGGAAGCUAAUCUAGAGGAUCUCGGACGACUGGCAAUGUUUGGUAAGAAAAGAACUGUUUUACGACGAUCACAAAUUCGCGAACUCCCGCAGCCUACACAUUCUCAACCAGGUGCGCCUGCAUCUUCAUCUCUCCAAUCAACUUCUCGACAUCCGAAUACAACACCAUCCGCUCCGAGAACAACUGGCGCAAAAUCACUCGUACCCCCAGUAACCAAAACCGGCACAUUAACAAGAAAAUCGAAUGCGCACAUACGUCCCGAACGAUCCACUCCCCUUUCUCAGCGCCAGACUCAGGAAAGGAGUGUUCGUCCGGCCAUCGCACUUCCCAGACCUACGGGUAGGACUCCAGUACUGAAACCAGUCCGAACACCGCGGACCGUUCCACAGGUUCCAUCGGGGCCGAUCACCCGUGCACGCAGUAAAGAGCUGAGAAAUGUCGCCAUCGAAAGCUCAUCCAUGCAGUCUGUCGCGACUGUUGGUUCUCGCGGCACAGGAAACAUUGAGAAUGGUUUGCGGCAGCUGAGAUUGGGCACAGAGCCGGAGCGAGUAUCUCGCAGUCGUGCGCCGCAUACGACAACAAGUAGUAGAUCGUCAGCAAUGCAGCGCCAACCUGUGCGUAUCGGUCACGAACGUCAGCGACCUCCCAGUCCAGGGUCCUUUCUCAGAAGCGAAGCAGUUCCCAGCGCUCGUGAGUUUCGCCAAGAACUUCUUCAUCGCAACUCCAGCCUAGGUAGUUGUCAACGUGCCUCAUCCACUCCUAAAGAUGAACAGAAGCAGUUUUCCACGAAUGGAGAGCAGUCUAAAAAAGGACCUGCCUCACAAAGAACCAGCGGAACUGCAGCGGCUCCACCCGUCGCUCGCGCAUCAAGCGUCACUAGACCAGCAAGGGCGCCCGUAGUUCCUCUGGCUCCUAGAUCUUCGAGCGUCACUAGAGCUCCGACUGUGGCGCAGCCUUCCGUCCGUCCAACAGUGCGCUCCUCCAGUUCCACUCGUCCUGCAGUGGGACCUGCUAUGACUCGCCCGCACGUCCGUCCACCCAGUGUUACUCGUCCGCAAAUUCCGAAUUCAACCGCACCGCCUCGUACCGUUUCGCGCAAUGGUAUAGUGCCUGACAGGAAUACCGUGUCUAUAAGAACGACAGGGACUACCCCUAUCCCAUCAAGGCCUUCCGAACCACGUUCGACGGUGAUAGGAAGUUUUCGCAGAAGAGAUCCCGGAGAUUCGACCCCCAGGCAGGAUUUUCGAGAUAACCUGCGGCGCUAUCCGGCUCCAUCGGGCUUAACACCUCUUCAUCGGCCGUUGGCUACCGCGACUAGUAUUAGAUUCCAUCCAUUGCAUGUACAUGGUUGCACUUCAAACGAUACAGCCAAUGUCGCCGCGCCUUCCCCACCGAAAGUACUGUCCAAACAUCAAGUGGACGCCAUGAUCAAUCGACUCGCAGCCCCGAGGAGAAGCGCAGUUCCGAAAGGAAUCCCCAACCAGCAAACGCACGGUCUGUCAUGCACAAAAGUAAGAAGUCGAUCAACGUCUAUGGCUCGCCGCCCAUUGUCGGCUCAGGAACUCCACGCCCCAGCAUGCCGCGCAGCACUCCAGUUCGCGCCAGAAGAUCAGCUUGGUCCUUCCAACUGUCCUCCACAAAGCAGUGCUUCUGUCCAAGAUAUGGCCAGUGGAGAUGUUAUGUGAAACUAAGAAGUCCUUUACCGAGUCAAUAAGUAUUAAUGUUGCAAUUACUCAUAUUUGUUCUUACUUAUAUCAACGCUCGCCCUUUGCAGUCUUUCUUUUCGGUGCAAGAAAAUUAAUAUCAUGUGGUUCACCCCGAAUUUGUAACUAGAAAUUUAUUUUUGUGACAAUACGAUCCAUGUUGAAGGAAAGAGAUGCUACAAUGUGGUGAGAUAUAGUUUUAGUCAAGCAUUAUCAUGGUUCAUCUUCUGACAUUCACAAACUUCUGAUCAAACACGAUAUCUAUAUCUAGCCUGCUCUCUGUACUAUCAUUGCCUUAAUCUCACAGAGAACGCGAUAAUGAUGCGAUCAUUCGUUUGUCCGUUCAUUUGUCGUGUUCGUUCAUUCUCUGUAUCAUACUAUGCCUCGUUUAUAUUCGUUUAUGCACAUAAAUAGUAUCUCUGAAUGGAAGUGUAAUGUUACUUGAAAAAGUCGUCAUCGCUAUCUGAUGGAGUGGCUUCUUUGUGCUUCGAAG